AAGCUUUUGAGUCGUACGACGCCACUCCAUUCAACAGACAGCAUCAACCUCAUCGUGCACUCAUGUCUUCCGCCACUGAGCUUCUUUCCCUGGUGAACAAUGCCCGUCAAUCUGCGGAGGGAGACCAACCCGAACUAGUCCAGAAGAUCCAGGGGUACCUCAAGGGCAUCGACCAAACGCAUUUGGAAGCGGCGCGGUUUCCCACGCAGAGCGUUGACGAGAAAAACCUGGAACGGUUGGCUGAGCACCUCCUGGCGUUGGAAACGUUGAGCGCCGCGGAGAACUUGAAGAACAGCACGGCGUCUGGCUCGCAGGCCCGUAGCGGCGAGCCUCCAAUGGUAAUCCCUGACCCAGUGAUCAGCGAGGGCGGGAUAAUGAUCACCCUCGCGGCUCACAUGCCACCGAUGGACCGCAAGAGCGUCCGGCCGUGGGUUGAAUCGCAGGUUCCCGAGCAGUUGGUCGGUCAUUUACAGAAGAGUGUGGCGCUGCCGGGCGGCCGGAAGUUGCGGCAGGACUUCGUCAACAUCACUGAAUCGGGACUGGAGGUUUUGAAGUCAGCUUUCGCAAAGAGCGGGACGGUGGCGCCGAUCCGCGCCGUUGAGUUUGCGAAGCGCAAGGCGUACGAGAGUGAGACUGCCGCAAGCAAACGCUCGCGGGCGUCUGCUGUCGGAAACCUGAACCGCACCCUUGAUGUAGUAGAGACUGUCUCCAGUUCUGGGGACCCCGAAUUCAUGCGCUUGGCAAUGUCAGCUGUUGUUACAUCGCAGCGCGUGGCGCCUCACGGCUUGCGCGAGGUGGCCGACGACCCUCUCGCUCGGAGCAGGGGCGCUGACGACAGGUGAUGCGUGGGCCUCCUAUUGCGUCCUGUCGUGCAUUCUGGUGUGUGUGUGUGAGGCGAAUAUGCUUCCACUUUGUCGCCAAGGUUAUCGUGGCCACGUUUGCAUCGCCCGGGG